GAGAGAAAGAGAGGAGUAAAUAAAAAGCAGGGAGGCGAGAUCAUGAGCUCCGCACUGCCUUACAACUCUCUGUCGGCGCGGCCGAGUCCCAGCAGACACGCUCUGGACUGGGAGCAGCAGCAGCUGGCCGUGCGGCGCCACUCCUCGCCGCGGGGUCUCGACCUGCUCUCGCCGCCUCCUCUCCCUCGCCGGCCCUCCGCCAUCCCCGGCUACCUGCUGUCGCCCUACCAGGAGCAGCAGCAGGAGGAGCAGGAGGAGCAGCUGCAGCGGCUCUCCCUGUCGGUGUGCUCCGAGGCCUCCCUGGCGCCCCCCGCGCCUCCACCUGCGGGCGCCGCCGCCGCCCCGCCCUGCUGCCGCGCGGUCGGGGUCAUGCACCUGCUGCGCCUCGGCCUCCUGGCCUUCAGCUGCCUCUUCUGGGCGGCCGGCCUGGCCGUCCUCACGCUGGGCGUGUGGGCGCAGAUCUCCCUGGCGGACUACAUGCUGCUGUCGGCCAACCGCUACCCCAACGCCCCCGUCAUCCUCCUGGCCACGGGGGCGGCCGUCACCGCCUGGGGCUUCCUGGGUUGCCUCGGGGUGGCGGCCAACCUGCCCGGCGUGCUCCGGGCUUACGGUUUCUUCCAGUUCGCCGCGCUCAUCGCCGGUUUGGCGGCGGGACUCUCGGGCCUCUUCUAUCGCGAAGACAUCGCCGGGGGGUUCCGCAGCGGGCUGCAGCGAGCGGUGGCCGGCUACACCGAGGACGAGGGCCGCGCCGACGCCCUGGACGGCCUCCAGAGGGCGCUGCGGUGCUGCGGAGCCGAGGGUUGGCGCGACUGGCUGGCGUCCGACUGGGCCGCCCAGCACGCGGCCUUCCCGCCCAACGACAACGGCACCGCCGUGGCCCUGCCGGACAGCUGCUGCGCGAGGCGCAAGGGAUGCGGCAACCGGCCGCUUCUGUCGGACGACGCCGAAGGCGUGGCGGCGGCGGGGAUCCAUCCGCACGGCUGCUUCCGCAAAGUCUUCAGCUUGGUCAACGACAACGUCUUCCACAUCGCCGCCACCGUGUUGGGAUUGGCCUUCACCCAAGUGGGAGGCAUCGCCCUGGCCUGCCUGCUGGCCAACCGGCUGGCACCGAGACAACACCGGCGCGCGGUGGCACGAUAACGGACGAUUAAAAAACGAUGUAGGCCACCUGCACCAAGGAUGGACCAAUGGUUAGAUGGUUAGGAGUUAGGAGACGACGUGGAAAGAGUAAUGGAGUUGCAGGGGUUCAUGCAGGCGGCACAUGUCAGGUGAUCAGUAUUUGGAGGUCCUCCGAAUCUCGGAAGGUAUGAAACCGUUCCCAACGGCAACAUCAGGAACUGCUUUAUGAAAUAUACGAAACGUUUCAAAUGUAAAGAGAGGAAUCCACUACGACUCCUGUUGAGGAUAUUUUAGGAACAUUAAAGAGCUUCAAGCUGACAUGUCGUAGAAAUCUGAUCCAGACGUUGAUAUCGAAUUACUUUCAGUUCGGUGAGAAAAAAAAUCCGGAUUUCUUAGAAACUAACACUUAAAUAACUUAAACUUAUGGCCCUGACUUACUUAUAGCAUUGUGAAAUUAUCAAAAAGACUCUUGUGUUGCUAAAUGCAAGGACCUGGAGGAUAUUAAUAAAAAAGGAAAUGGGGAUUUAGUGGUUAAAUAAUAAUCAAGGAACCGGCAACUCCUUCCACUUCACAGCUCUUUUACACUUGGGUGAGGCGUGUACAGGUGAGACCACGUUGGGCUACACACUGCAUAUCAAAAAAUAGGUAGAUGAAAGUACAAUGAGACUUUGUUUCGAAAAUGUUUAAGUAUCACCAUGGAUUAAUGUAUAUAUACACUACCGUUCAAAAGUUUGGGGUCAUCCAGACAAUUUCGUGUCUUCCAUGAAAACUCACUUUUAUUUAUCAAAUGAAUUGAAAAUUGAAUAGAAAAUAUAGUCAAGACAUUGACAAGGUUAGAAAUAAUGAUUACUAUUUGAAGUAUUAAUUUUGUUCUUCAAACUUCAAGUUCAAAGGAAGGCCAGUUGUAUAGCUUAUAUCACCAGCAUAACUGUUUUCAGCUGUGCUAACAUAAUUGCACAAGGGUUUUCU